GUUAAACUCUCAUCAUCAUUUUUUUCUAAAUUUAAGUUCAUCGAUAAUGAUUAUCCAGCGCCGCUCUCCACCUGCUGCUAUGUAUGAUUCGCCACCCGAUAGCAACAACUACUAUAAUAGCAAUACUAGUGGCAGCAGCAGCGGUAGCUUUAGCAGCAACAAUAGCAAUAACAAUCAGCAACAAAGCAACAACCCCGGAAGUGACAGUAGCAACAAUAACGAUAACAAUCAGCAGCAAAGCAACAACUCCGGGAGUAACAGUAGCAACAAUUACAACAAUAACAAUACCCACAAUUACAGCCAACAACAAAACAAUAAUUCCGAGAGUAACAGCAGCAGCAGCAACAACAACAACGAUAAUAGCGGUAACAAUAACGAUCGUAAUACUAGCAACAAUCAGCAAGACAACAGCAAUGACCAUAAUCGAGAGCACGAACAACAACAAGGCAGCCAUCCAUUUGGUGGUCAAGAUCCGCAUAAUCUGCAUAAUGCGCAGGGCGGUGCAUCUCCGACUAUGGUUCCCACCGUGUUACCAUCCAGUUACACUACUCAAGAAGGCAAUAACAAUGGCUCCGCAGUCAUAUUCAUCGUCGUUGGCAUUGUCGCGGGUCUGGCUGUGAUUGCUGCCCUUGGUCUAUUCUGUGCCUGCCGAAAGCGAAAGAAAGAUCGCAAGAAAGAAACCAUGGCAAACGCGUACCUGGAAUUCAGUCAAUCUCAAGCAUCGACUGGGUUUGGCCGCAACAAAAGUCAGAAACCAGCAAAAACAAAUGAAGAUAGCGAUUACUACUAAAUAACGGAGCAAUCCGAUUUUAUGGUGAGCGUGCUUACGUCGUUGUCAUUUAAUGUUUGUGAUUUGUUUUUAUCCUUCCUUUAUUCUUAUCAUCCUCCUGUCAUCUCUCCUUCUUAUGUCCCAUGUCGUUUACUACAUUUAUUUUUAUCUUUAUUUAUAUCGUUCCGCCGUCAUCUAUUUAUUAUCAUAAAUGAGUAUCGAGUACUCAAAUGCUUUUUU